AUGAGUAAGCUUUUAGUUAUUUUUGGUGUGACCGGUCAACAAGGUGGUUCUGUUGCGAAGUAUGUGAUCAAUGAUCCCGAAUUAUCGAAUAUUUACAAGGUUAGAGGUAUCACUCGUGAUUCAUCCAAGCCAUCUGCCCAGGCUCUUCAGCAGAAAGGAGUGGAAUUAGUUAAUGCAGAUAUGGCCGACAAGGAGUCUGUCAAGCGUGCAUUGAAAGGUGCGGAUACUGUGUUUGCUAUGACAAGUGCAACAUAUGAACUGAUUUCCAAACAAGAGAGAACCCAGGGAAAGCGUUUAGUGGAUGCUGCUGUUGAAGAAAAAGUGAAGUAUUUCAUUUGGAGUACACUUCCACAUGUUGAGAAGAUUUCGGAAGGUAAGAUACUUGGAGUCCUGCAUUUCGAUGAAAAAGCUGAGGUUGAGGAGUAUCUCCGUAGUAAACCUAUAAAGAGUGCUUUUUUCUCUCCAGCAAUGUUCAUGCAAAACUUUAAUGCUGAUUUUAGUCCAAGUCCUCUCGGCGAUGGUACCUAUGGAAUCUUCAAUAUCAUUAACCCAGACAGAAAAAUUGCUUUUAUUGAUAUUGCUGGCGACGCUGGGAAAUUCGUUGGUGCAAUUCUUGCAAACCCUGAUAGGUAUGAAGGGAAGGUUAUUUCUGGGGCAGCAAAUCUUUACACGAUGAAUGAAGUUGCCCAAAAUAUAAGCGAAGUCAGUGGAAAGACAGUUAAAUAUAAUCAAGUAACUGAAGAAGUCUUCCGUGGUUUCUUACCACCUCAAGCAGCUGAUGAUCUUGUUGGAAUGUUCAGACAUAUUAACGACAAUGGUUAUUUUGGCCCUCAAAUGAAAGAUUUAGUUGAAUCAGGCGUCAAACAAGCUAGGGGCAAUGUUACGACAUUGAAAGAGUAUUUUACUAAGAAUCCUCCUAAAUUUGAGUAA